ACGUUGUGGGCUGAAUUACAACCAUCCAUUUACUCCCUUCGUAGGCGAACUUUGUAGGGUGUUAAAUGACGGCUUUUAUAUUGUAUCCAGUGCACUAUUUAUGGUAGGGUGUGUUAUUUGGAUUUGAGACACUGUUUGUGUAUCAUACUCGUUCGUGCUCUUGUCUACAUUUUAAAACAGUCGAUGUUUUAAAAUGGCCGGGUUUAUAUGCUUUUUAUAAGUGAAUGUAGAGUUAAAACAAUGCUGUAGAGUGGUAAUUCGUCUUGAAACCAUAACGUGUAUGUGUGACACACACACACACACAUAUAUAUAUAUAUAUAUAAUAGGGAGAGAGGACAUUAAUUUGUCCCCUUGCUAUGGCCAGUCCAGCCCACAUGUCCAGGGUCCGAGCCCUGUAUAAGAGGAUCCUCAUGCUGCACAGAUUCAUGCCCAUUGAUCUGAAGGCUCUCGGUGAUCAGUACGUGAAGGACGAAUUCAGAAGACACAAAUCUGCAUCUCCAGAGCAAGCCCAGCACUUCAUGAAGGAAUGGGAGGCCUACAGAGACACCCUACAGACGCAGGUGCUCGAGACAGCAGGAAGAGGAAAGAUGGCGUUCGGUGCUGACCUGUCCGAGCAGCAGCUCAGAGACUUUCAGGAAGAACAGAUCGGCCAGCUUUACGAGCUGAUGCUAGAGUCCAACAAACCCAACCGGCAGUUCCACAUCCAGGAGGACGGCUCACCAAAAUGACAGGCUGUUUAUGAGGAAGGACAGAACUGACUCAUUGUGAUUUAUGUAGUGUCUGUAGACAUUAAGAACAUGUAAUUAUACAUUAUAUUGAUUGCUCCGAAUGAUU